GUGGUUGACCCGUGCUUCACCACGCGCAAGGCAGCAGCACUGGCCGUCUCCCACUUCGCCGAUGCAGCCUGUGCCGUCGCCUCGCCUGCAGAGGCCCUGGCGCGCCUCUCCCCCCCCCACCACUUCCACCUCGUGCUUCUCUCCCUCUCCCUCCCUGACCUCCCCCCAGCACUCUUUGUGCAGCGCUUGCGAGAGAUGGAAGCUGCAGCAGCUGGUGAGGCAGUAGCGGGAAGUGGGGAAUACAGGGGAGCUUCAAGGGAGGCUGCGGAGAUGCCUAGAAGUGCCAGUGGCGGCAGUGCUGCAGCGGAUGGUGGUGCAGAGGAGGCAUGCAGCAGCAGUGCUUGUCAGAUUCCAGUGCCUGUGCUGGGGAUGGUCACUGAUUUCCUCUCCACCGACAUGCCUCCACGCAAGUCCUCUCCCAUCCGUUCCCAGCACGCUUCCGCCGCGUCGUCAUUCUCCUCCUUUUCCGGUAGGAAGCUCGUCGCGCCAUGCAUACCACGGCCGGCGGUAGCCCGCGAUCGGCGGCGGUUGGCAGUGGUGUCGGCGGUGGGGAGCGCGGAGAGCGGAGGCGCGGAUGCGUUGGGGAUUGCAGGCGAGGCGUACGGGCAGAUGGCCGAGGCGCUGCUUAAUGGGCUGCCCCCCGAGGUGGAGCAGGCGGUGGUGGCGGUGCAUCGCGAGAUCGCGCAACUCGCGGCGGAUGCGGGCCUCUCCAUUCCGCUCAACGACCCGGCGUCGUUGCGGCAGUGGACGGUGGCGCUGGUGCUGCUCGUGCUGUACGCCGCCGCGCCCCCCGCGCCACUCAUGGGGCUGCUCGACUUCCUCGUCGCGCCCCUGCACGCGCGCACCGACAAGGAGCUGGAUCCGGCGCGGGUGAAGGUGGGGCGGCAGAUAGGCGAGGGCAGCUUUGGCGUGGUGUACGAGGGUUUCAUUUCCAACGGCAAGUCGGGCAAGGAGGGGCGGUGGGAGCGGAGGGUGGUGUUGAAGCGAGUGAAGACGCGAGUGAAGCACUCCGACGAGAUGAGGGACGUCGAGCUCUACAUGAACCACCGCCUGCAGCGCACGGCGCCGGGCGUGUGUGCGCGGUUCAUGGGCACCAUGCAGGUGGCGCCGGAGCAGGCCAGCGGCAAGCUCGAGGAGGGCGUGUGGCUGGUGUGGGAGUACCAGGGCGAUCGCACGCUGGACCAGUUCCUGCGCCACCGCGCCUACCCGCUCAACCUUGCCAAACACGUGCUGGGCGUUGAUGAUGCCUUGUUGCGGGGCAGCAAGGGCAGCAGCUCUGAGGAGAGGGAGCAGCAGGUGUGGAUGGAGUGGGAGGUGGCACAGGAGGUCAUGAGGCAGAUACUCUCCGACCUGAAGCACCUGCACUCCUGUGGAGUGGUGCACAGGGACGUGAAGCCAUCGAACCUGAUACUGGACGAGCUGGCGGGCAGUCUGUGCCUCAUCGACCUGGGCGCCUGUGUCGACCUGCGCUCCGGCCACAACUACGUACCAAACGAGACGGUGAUGGAUCCCAAGUACUGUGCACCGGAGCGCUUUGUCAUGCCGCCCGGCACCACGCCGCCCCUGCCGCCCGACCCGCUGGCGUCGCUGCUGUCACCCUUCCUCUGGGCGCUCAACACACCCGACCGCUUUGAUGUCUACUCCGCUGGCAUAGUGCUGAUGCAGCUGUGCAUGAAGCGACUGCGCGAUGCGUCUGCUCUGAAGGAUUUCAACGAGGAGUUGAGGAGGUGCGACCACGAUCUGGCCAAGUGGAGGGCCACGUUCAACCCCAGCGAUGAUGACAUGGCCGUGCUCGAUGCCAAUGGGGGAGUGGCAUGGCAGUUGGCGCAGCAGCUGCUGAGGAAGCGCCCCAACCACGAGGAGGCCGUGUGGCCCAGCGCCAUGGGCGGGCGGCCCUCCGCAGCCCAGGCGCUGCGCCACGCGUUCUUCUCCCUGCGCGCGCCAGAGCCCUUCCGCGCAUCACGCCUGGCAGCCGCCACACAGGCAGCGCUGUCAGGCACCGCGUAUGCCACGCUGGGACGCGGAGGGGGCGCCAUGGCGCAGGCCAAGGCGCGCGCUGCCCAGGAGAAGGCCCGGGUGGCGGGGCGGGUGGAGGGGCGCAAGGGCAGGGCGUGGGAGGAGAAGGGGGAGAGGGGCAAGGCGCGGAAGGAGGUGGGGGAGAAGGGGGGGAGUGCUGGGGGAAGAGGAGGGGAGGGGAUGGUCGUUGAAGGGCUGGUGAUGGCGUGGGGGGGAAGGGGGAAGGGGGAGAGAGAUGAUUCAGGGAGUGAGGGGAAGAGGGCCGGUGGGAAGAAUCAAGGGGUGAAGGAGGCGGAGGGGUCAGGGGAGGGGAGGGUGGAGGAGGGGGUGGUGUUUGCGCUGCAGCAGAUGUGGGCGGCUAGCAAUGGGGGAGGGGGGAGUGGCAGUGAGAGCAGGGGGAAGGGGCGCAAGGAGGGUGUAGCGUCGGACGGGAGUGGGAAGGGGGAGAGGCGGGCGCGGAAGGCAGGGAAAGGUGAGGAGGGGGUGAAAGGGGCAAGGCAAGGGGUGGCAGCAAGCAAGGGGGAGGCGCAGGGACAGGCGGGCGCAUGGGGGGCAUUGGGCGCGCUGGGCGGAGGGGGGGGAGGGCAGGGGGCGGAGGUGGUGCUGGAGGCGCUGAGGCGGGUGCUGGGGGAGGGGGUGGGGGCGGAGGGGGGGAAGGGGGAGCAAGGGGCAGUGGAGGGACCAGCAGUGCGGUGGGGGGAGGGGGGCGUGCAGGGCAUGGUGAGCGAGGGGCGGCGGGUAGUGAGGGAGGCGUUUACUGGCGCUGUGGUUGCCCAUGCGGAGGCAUACAGUGGGGGGUCGGAGGGCAGGGCGGGGGACAAGGGCUCUGGGUCGGGCAAGGACAAGGGGUCUGACAAGGAGGGUGGGUCAGGCAGGGAGAAGGGGUCUGGUAAGGAUGGGAGUGCGGGGAGCAGGGAGAAGGCAUCAUCGGGUAAGAGCAAAGGGGGAUCAGGGAAGGGGGAUGGAGGCGAGGGGGGUGGGAGCAAGGGCAGUGGCAGGGGGGAGGCGAAGGAAGCAGGUGGGAAGGCAAGGAGGAAGAAGGAGGAGGGCAAGGGGGCAAGGAAGAGAGAGCUGGUGGCCGCAGCAAUGGGCAGCAAUGGCGCCAGUGGCAGCAGUGGCAGUGGUGGCAGCGCAGUGGAGCUGCCAUUUGACCUGCAGCGCUCCAAGCAGCAGCAGGGGCAAGUGGGAGGGCAGGCAGGCGAGCGGAAGAGUGCAGGCGAUGCGCGGCAGGUGAAGGGGAUGGGGGAAGGCGAGACGGGUGGGGCAGGGGGGGGAGGCGCACUGGCGCAGGCGCUGCUGCAGUGGGUAAGGGGAAGGGCAGGGGGGGGAAGUGAUGCAGGCGAGGGGAACAAAGGAGCAGCAGCACAGGGCGAUGGGGGGCGGGCCAGUGUCAAGCCCAGGGGUGGUCGAGGAGAGGAGGGUGGUGAGAGGAGAGUGGGGAAGCGAGGGAAUGGGGGGGAGGGUGGGGGUGGUGGGAUCUCGGGAGUGCGAGUGAGGUGGGGGCUGCUGGGACUGGCAGCCAAGGGCGUGGAGAGAGGCAUGGAGCGGGCCAGAGGGGCAGGCAGGGGGGGCGUGGGAGGCGUGGGGGUGAAUGGCAGGAUGGGGGGGGUGAGACUUAAGCCCAGUGCCACUGCUGACGUGGCAGACCCCGUGAUGGACAACGGAAUCAUCACUGACAUCACUCUGGAUCCCCAGGCCAUUGCUGACGUCAGCCUGCUGCUGGCGCUGUGCAGUCAGGGUGAUGAGGAGGAGAGGGAGAGUGGGGGAGAGAGUGGAAGCGAGGGGGGGAGUGAGAGUAGAUCUGCCGGAGUAGGGAGGCAGAUGCUUUACAACAGCAACAGCAGCAGCAGCAGCAGUGAGGCUGGAGUAGAGCAAGGUGGCUGUGCCCCAUCAGUGGCCUCGUCAAUGCAAGUGGGCCUCACUACCCCUGCAGCCUUAGACGUAUCUGCAUCUGCUCGCGCCCUGCCACCCACCUCAUCCCCUCUGGACCCCGAUGCGCACCCUCUGGCAGCAGCAUUGCUGGCAGAGGGCGGUGUGGGCGGUGGCGAGGGGGCGUUGGGUGUGCAGCAGGCGGAGGUGCGGGUGGGGGAAGAUGGGAGUGUGAGAGUGAGUGCGAGCGUGGGAGGCGUGGAGAGCACUGUGCUGCUGCAAGCCGACAGCACUGGGGCGCUCGUCAUGGCCGUGGGGGAAGGAGCCACCGGGGGCCAGGCACCCUCAGCAGCUGCAGCUGCGGCAGAGGGCGCGGAGGCGAGUGCAGUGGCAGCAGGUGGCGUGGGAGGGCCCUCGCUGUCUCCUGCCACGCCACAGCCCCUUGCCACCGCAGCCUCCACUGACACUGCCCCUGGACAGUUGGUGCUGCCGCUGUGGGGGUGGCUGGGAGGGCGAGAGCCAGCCAGAGAGGCAUUGGCAGAGGCAGCGGCUCAGCUGGCUGCAAUCAGAAGCAAGCUGCCCUCCGCCUCCCCUGCUGCGCCCUCCGCCUCCCUCCCUGCACCCCCCUCCACCUCUCUGCCCGCUGCUUCCCCACCUGCACCCUCUGCUUCAGCACCUGCUCUGUUGCCCACAAAGAAUGCAGCCUUGGUAGCUGGUGGUAGUGGGGAGGAGGAGGCGAGUGGGGAGGAAGAGAGGCAGAAGCAUCUGUUGUCUGCUGUUGAUGUGCCUGCUGUGCGUGCUGUGGCUGAGCCAUCAGUCUCAGACGAGAAGGCAAGACAAGAGAUAGGAGUGGAGUGGAGAGAAACAGCGGAGGGAACACUGGUGGUGAGACUGAGUGCAGGAGAGCAAAUGGGCUUGGAGAGCACAACUGUGCUCAGGGUGGAUGCCAGGAGGGUGCAGGGCGGCAUGACAGAGGCGCAGGCGAGGGAGCAGCUGGAGGAGCUGAGGCAGAAGAGGGAGGCUCGCAGGGCGGGGGCAGAGGGGCUCAACGCUGCUCUGGCGGGGCUCAACAGCCAGAUGGUGGACCUGCAGGCCACACUGCAGGAGAACAAGCAAGCCGUCACGGAGCAGAAGAAGAUUCUCACUCGGCAAUUCGUGCCUUCGGGACUCGCUGACAUCGACAGCAUGGCUAUCUUGGCCGUUCAACCGUCUACUCCGCACUGUCUCGUUGACAGAAAAAGCUCCUACUUGGUUUCGCAAGCUAUCAGUCCCGUCGAGGAUUGUGAUAUUCUCUCGCCCAUAAUUUACAGCAUAUCGUGCAUCCACGAGAACAAGGAGAACCUGGAGCUCGGCAGUUUCGAGGAGCGGCUGGUGGACGCCUUUUGCCGCGGAACCCUCGACGCUGAGGUGCCGCGAGCCAUCGACGACAUCAUCGCCCUCGCGCAGCGCCUCAGCCUCUCGCACGGCGACACCCACGCUCGCGAAACGAGCCACGCGAGCGACGCUGAUUCGCCAGUCUCUGUCGUUCGGCGGACGCCCUUGAACGACAUCUCGUCGCUCCACAGUGACGACGACGAUCAGGUUCAGCCAGCUCGCAAGACGAGCUCUGACAAAGCUCAGUCCCGUCGCGCGCUGCUGAGCGAGCCCCCCACGCGGCCGAACGACGCACAAGAAGCUGCGCUGCUCCGGCCUCUGCAUUCCGCUGACCGCAAGUCCAUGGGCUUCCAUGGUUCCCCCCGGCAUGGCAGUAACCCGGCAUGGCAGUAA